UCCGUUCGACUAUCGAUAGAGCUGGGCUGCCCUCGCCGAAUUUUGAGCUCGUGCGCCGGCCACCGGUUCUUUCUUCUAAGUACUUGGGGCGGCGAAAUCUUGUUCUAAAGAACAGAGACGACAAAUAUGGCUCUACAUGUGCCCAAAGCCCCGGGCUUUGCCCAGAUGCUGAAAGAUGGUGCGAAGCACUAUUCUGGUUUGGAGGAGGCUGUCUUCCGGAACAUUCAAGCAUGCAAAGAGCUGGCACAGACCACACGGACUGCUUAUGGACCAAAUGGGAUGAACAAGAUGGUCAUCAACCACCUGGAGAAGCUCUUUGUCACAAAUGAUGCCGCAACCAUCCUGAGAGAGCUUGAGGUCCAGCACCCCGCCGCAAAGAUGAUCGUGAUGGCAUCCCAUAUGCAGGAGCAGGAGGUGGGCGAUGGCACAAACUUUGUCCUGGUGUUUGCUGGGGCCCUGCUGGAGUUGGCUGAGGAGCUUCUCAGGAUGGGUCUGUCUGUCUCUGAGGUCAUCGAGGGCUACGAGAUGGCCUGCAAAAAGGCCCUGGAAAUCCUGCCAGACUGUGUGUGUUCAUCAGCCAAGAACCUUCGGGAUGAGAAUGAGGCCACUUCUGUGAUCCGCCCAGCCGUCAUGAGCAAGCAGUACGGCAACGAGGACUUCCUGGCCAGCCUCAUCGCCCAGGCCUGUGUUUCCAUUUUCCCAGAGUCCGGAAAUUUCAACGUGGACAACGUCCGGGUGUGCAAGAUACUGGGCAGCGGCCUGAAUGCUUCGUCAGUGCUGCGGGGGAUGGUGUUCAAGAAGGAGGCUGAGGGGGACAUCACGUCGGUGAAGGACGCCAAGAUCGCCGUGUUCUCCUGUCCAUUCGACUGCAUGGUGACUGAGACCAAAGGCACAGUUCUGAUCAAUAACGCGGACGAGCUCCUGAACUUCAGCAAGGGCGAGGAGGGCCUGAUGGAGGCCCAGGUGAAGGCCAUCGCAGAGGCUGGCGCCAAUGUGGUGGUGACCGGGGGCAAAGUGGCCGACAUGGCCCUGCACUACGCCAACAAGUACCAGCUCAUGGUGGUCAGGCUGAAUUCAAAAUGGGACUUAAGAAGAUUGUGUAAAACCGUGGGAGCCAUUGCUCUUCCCAGACUGACCGUCCCCACCCCCGAGGAGAUGGGUCACUGUGACACUGUUUACCUUACAGAAGUAGGCGACACACAGGUUGUCGUCUUCAAACACGAGAAAGAGGACAGUGCCAUCUCUACUCUGGUGAUUCGUGGGUCCACUGACAACAUGAUGGAUGACAUCGAGCGGGCCAUCGACGACGCCGUCAACACGUUCAAGGUUCUCAUCCGGGAUAAACGUCUUCUGCCGGGUGCCGGAGCCACUGAGAUCGAGCUGGCCAAGCAGAUUGCAUCAUACGGGGAGUCCUGUCCGGGCCUGGAGCAGUACUCCAUCAAGAAGUUCGCGGAGGCGUUUGAGGCGCUGCCGCGGGCCCUGGCGGAGAACUCGGGUGUGAAGGGUAACGAGCUUGUUUCUAAGCUGUACGCGGCGCAUCACGAGGGGAACAAGAACAUCGGCUUCGACAUCGAGACCGAGGGGGCGACCGUGAAGGACAUGCUGGAGGCUGGAAUCCUGGACCCGUACCUGGUGAAGUACUGGGGCAUCAAACUGGCCACCAACUCGGCGAUCACCGUGCUCCGAGUAGACCAGAUCAUUAUGGCUAAACCAGCCGGUGGACCUAAAGCCCCGAAGCAGCAAGGCCACUGGGACAAAGACGGUUGGGACGACGAACCUGAUAAAUUUGACAGCCAUUAUUAGUCGUAUUUGGACAAGACAGAUCAUCAUGGCUAAACCUGCAGGAGGACCCAAAGCGCCCGAGGCCAAGAAAGGCUGGGAUGAGGAAGACUGAGCUGAUUUUUCUCCCUCAUGAACAGACCCUGGCUCACACUUGGUCUCCUGAAUCACUUGUAUACGUUUAUUUAAUGACUGCUCUACAACAUUUUUUCUCUUAGGAAUAACUGUUCAUUGUUCAAGUAACAAUAUAUGGCUGGCAUUGCUUUGUUUUUUUUGUUAUACCAAUAAACGGCACUUGAGCUGUUGUCGUCA